GCCACUGCUCUCGUUCAGCUAGAUUUUUGUAAUCGCAGCAGCAAGAGGGGUUUGGGGUAGAAAGAAGAGGAAAGAAGGGAGAGCAAGUGUCCUUCAGAAGGAAGAGGGAGAUGCUAAUAGAAUCCUACCUCCACCCAACUCUUGGUUUGGUUUCUAAAUAUAUGCGGGAUUGAUCGACUGACUGAUGGACAAUGCCGAGGGUAGGAAAAAUGAAGAAGCUCACUCUGGAGCCCGUAAGUUUCAGGACAAUCAUGACCAAAGGAUGGAAUGUGCAGACGAUGCAGCAUAUAACAGCUACCACACUGUCCUGUUUUCAGAGCCCAGAAUUCAGAUUUCUCCACAAAGCUUAGGCUCACCGCAAGCCCUGAUCUCUAAUUCUCAGUACGCUACAGUUUCCUUGUCAAGUCCUGGUCUGAUGCUACAACCUGAUCAACCUCAAUCUUUGCAUCAGAGUGCUGCAUUCGGUGAAAAUGUGUUUCGGGGGACAACGACGCAAGUGAUGAUCUCGUGGAAUCAUGGCGGGAAUCAAGUGGCCAUCAUUGGAUCAUGGGACAAUUGGCAGACUAGAGAGCUCCUACAAAACACAGGUGUGAAGUUUGUGGUUAUAAAGACUCUGCCAAUCGGUAUCUACCACUACCACUUCGUAGUUGAUGGUUGGUUGGCUUAUGCUCCAGAUCUACCCUGGUUUCGUGAUGAUUCAGGGAAUGCUUAUAAUAUUUUGGACUUGCAGGGACAUAUUUCUGAAUUGCCCGAAAGUAUGUCCGAGUUCGAAACUCCUCCAUCCCCACCGUCGAGUUAUGACAACCAAUACAUUAACGAAGAUGAUUUCAGCAGACCUCCACCAGAACUACCUCCACAUCUGCAAGGAACCAUUUUGAACGAUCCAUCUUCUUCAGUCGAUGGUCGACCGUUGCCAAUUACGCCUCGAAGUACAGAACUAAAUCAUCUCUAUCUUCAGAGCAAUGUCCAAGAUCAGUUUGUAGCACUUGGCUCUACUCUCAGGAUUCGUGAAAAGUAUGUCACCAUGUUUCUAUUCAAGCCUUUAUCAAGAACAAGGUGAUAUCCAUACGCUCUUCCUCCCUCCAUCCACAUUUUCAUUUUCAAACACAAAUCUCAAUAUUGCUGGAAAAGUUGAAAUCCUUGUGAGUUCUGUAGGUUGAACAAGUUAGUGUAGGUAUAAAGAAAGAUUCUUUCAUACUGUGCAUCAUUAAUUCAAUUGCUAUUCAGUCUGGAAAUUACUUUUCA